UCCAAGAUCGCCACAGACAUCUUCAAGCAGUGGUUCUACGAGCAUCUCGAGUACCCCUUCCCCAGCGAUGAGCUCAAAGCUUCCUUCGCAGACCGGACGGGGCUGAGCUACACGCAAGUAUCGACCUGGUUCAUCAAUGCUCGCAAGCGC